UUUUUUUCAUUUUUUUUUGGAAGCAAUUCUGCUGCCAACCCGCGUCUCACAGUGCCGGUUCCUUGGCGGGCACUAAGCAUGGUUGCAUCGCCCGAGCGGACUGCGCCGCCGUCGUCGUCGUCGUCGCCGUCGCUGGACCAGCAGUCGCCGUCGCAGUUGGAGCAACAGCGGCAACCAGCCUCACCUGCGAAAUCCUUCUCCCAGACAACAACCAGCAACCGAUCCCCACCACCACCGCCACCGCAAAGUAGCAGCAACAGCAUUCAUCAUAGUAGUAGUAGUAUUAGUAGUAGCAGUAAUAUCAAUAGCAGUCAUAGUCAUAGUCCAAGUAGCAGCAGCGCUGUCGUCGGACGUAGCAGCAGCAGCAGCAGUGGUGGUGAACCAGGCCCGUUGCUUCGAUCUAACAGCGCAACCACCGCGCCUGCAAUGCCCUCCGACGCCGCUUCCCCUUUGCUCUGGACGAGCUCGUCUGCGUCGUCCUUUUACACAGUACCACCAUCACCACUGACGCUGGCAGGCACCGACCGCCCCAGCCUGAGCACGCAGGCAAGCAGCAGCACGCUCUGCAGCAACAGCAGCAGCGGGCUCUCGACGCCGACGAGCGUGGCGCCAAUGUUCGCCGCUCCCGACGCGCCCGCCGUGAUCGACCGGUCCCCCUCCUCGUCCACACAAGCAGAAGGGUCUAACGAAGCCGCCACGGGCCAGCCCGCAGCGACCAACGGCGCCGAUCACGACGAAACCCAUCCCAGCAGUGAUCCGCCUCGUUCGAGCAAAGAAAGCGAUUCUUUGUCUUUGUCUUUGUCUUUGUCGUCGUCUUCUUCCUCUCGGGUGGCAACUGCGUCUGUCUCUGCUUCCAGCAACGGCAACCACAACCACAGCCACAGUCACGACAGCCACAACACGAGCAGCGCAGCAGGCGUGUCGGGCGACCAGCAGCAAAAGCAGCAUUCUACGGCCACACAAGAUAAUGAGCUGACAACCACCACUGCAACAACUGCGUUGACGACCAGCAGCACCACCACCACCAGCACCAGCACCAGCACCAACACCAGCAUCAGCAACAUCAUCAGCACAACAGCGCCUGCCACUGGAGCAACGCCCAUUCCGACAGCACUGCCAGCUCUGGCAGACGACAGCACAGGCGACAAAGCCAAUAACCCCGUUGCUGCUGCUGAAGCCGGUUUCGCAUUCGCGUUUGCCUCGCUGUCAUCCGCGUCGUCCGGCCAGGACACCCUCGCUGAAAUCAUCGCCUCGACAGAGUCUCCGGAAACACCAAGAGUCAUGGCGCACGGCGGCAUGGAAUCGUCUGGAGCCCGCUUUCCCGCAUUUGCUCAAAACGGGCCAAGGCUUUCGGAUACGCCGCCAAUCUCGCCUGCGGUCGCGCGUGUCCUGAGCUCGCCCGAGUCGGUGCAGCAGCCAGCACUGGGCACUCCGAGCCAACCGGCCGCGGCUCAGACUGCCAACAACACCUCGAGCGCGUCGACGUUCGCUUCGUUGCCAAUUUCGGGCUCGCCCUUGCACUCGUCCGCGCCAGGCUCGUCGUCUGGCUCUCCAGUCGCUUCGCCGUCAUCCAUGCGUCGCACUUUUGUGAAGCGCGCCUCGUCCUUGCUCCGACCGCUGUCGCAGCACCUCCCCAUCUUUCUCGCAGACAAGAAUGCGCCCGCGGGUGUCGGCGCUGGUCUUCCUCCGCCGCUCGUGCUUGUUCAAGAUCCAGCCACCGCACCACACACAAUCGUCACAACCUCUGCCAGUGCCUCCGCCAGUGCCUCCGCCACAUCUGCGCCCAGCUCGCCUCCCACAGAGCAUGGCCCAGUGCUGGGCAGUGAAGACGCUCCCCCUGUCUCAUCCAACAUCUCGAGCGCAAGCGCCAUUAGCACCACCAACACAAUCACUCCGGGCGCCGCUGCCACAAGCACCGCUGUCACGGCCGCCGCGCUGGGCGUUGCCAAACCAGCCCCGCUUGCGAAUGCUCCAGUGCGAGGCGGUCGACGACUGAGGCGCCUCAUGUCGGUCUCGUCCUUGGCGCAAAUGAUUCGCUCGUUGCGCAUCCCAUCGAGUCGCACGGCUUCCAGCUCAUCUAGCCCGCACAGCAGCGUGCCUCAAUCACCGUUACUUCCGCCAGCGACAUCCCCGUUCAGCUCCAGCCAGUUGGAUGACGAGCUGGAAAAUGCGCUUCGCGUCGACGGAAGUCUGGGAGCCGAGGCCAGCGGUACCGAGCAAGUUGCAGCCGCCACGACCGCGUCCCCGCCAACCGCUGCUGCUACUGCUGCUGCUGCCACAAGUUCGACACUGCUUGCCGCAGCGGCGACGCGUCUCUCGAGCAAGCGUCGCAGUGAUGUCCCGCAGUCUGCCGCCGCCGCACAAGCCAUCGCGGCUGCUAUCGCAGCCAAAGGGCCAGACUCGGACUCGGACGACGAAGAAGACGUACCCGCGCCAUCGCCAUCGACCAUCCGGCGUCGUUUCUCCUUCUCCUUCAAGAAGAAUGUCAGCGCUGCAACUCAGCCUCGCAGCAAUUCGACCGUCUUUUCGCCAUCAGGAAUGGUCCCGGCUGCGACUGCGUCUGCUGCGUCCGGGUCCUUGUCAAACGGAGCUACGCCAUCCCUGUCCAAGAACUCGUCCGUUGCAGACGUAUCCGCUCCAUUAAAGUCUGCCCGCAAGUCCCAGAAUCCGCCGACGCCGCCCAAAGCCGGCGAUGGCAGCUCGGAAAACAUUCCUGCUGCGACAGAAAACACAUCGCCCCCAAUCCCUCGCGGCGUCAAGUUUUCUGCCGAUUUGCUGCGCGCGGGCAGCUCUGAUUCGGCCUCGACGUCCACUGCAGGCUCGUCAUCGGACUUGUCGGAUGGCGUCUCGCAGCCAGGCGGCAUCCCCUUCCAACCGGAAACCCGCCAAAAGUCGUCGCUGCUGCAGUCGAUGGUUUCGCGACGCCGCCGCCACACGAUCGGCACGUCUGUGGGUCUGCGACCAGACACGUGCCCUGUCAAAAAGAUUCGACGCUAUGCCAAGUUUAUCAAGGAGUAUCGCCUCGGCGAUCAACAGCUUGGCAACGGCGCGUUCGGCUACGUGCGCACGGCGAUUCGCAAGUCGGACGGACACACGUUCGCCGUCAAGGUGAUUCUGAAAGCCAAGGUCUUGAACUGGUUUGACGACCAGCGUCUCGGUCGCGUGCCCAGCGAAAUCUCGGCCCUUUCCCGCGCCAACGAGAAUGGAGGCCACCCUGGCGUGAUUGGCAUCCACGAUGCAUUCGAGUCGGAGGAUGUCUAUUUGAUUGUGCUCGAGCUGCCUUCCGGCUCCAUCCUGGAUCUCUUUGAGUUUAUCGAGAGCACGCGCCGCCUCGGCGACUCGCGCGAAACGUUCAUCAUUUUCAAGCAGGCCUUGGACGCAAUCGAGUUUUUGCACCAACGCGGCAUUGUGCAUCGUGACAUCAAGGACGAGAACAUUUUGCUCAACUCGCGCACAUUGCGCGUCAAGUUGAUUGACUUUGGCUCUGCGAUCGUCCUCGACCCGCUUUCUGCGCCCGGAGCCACUGGGCCCCGAGCGACCAUCAACACCUUCCUCGGCACACGCGAGUACGCGGCGCCCGAGCAUGUCUAUCGACUCGACCACGAUCCGUACGUGGCCGAAAUCUGGGCGCUGGGCGCGCUCUUGUACACGACCGUGUUUGCCAACCCGCCCUUCCGUGACGAGCACGCUACCGUGGACGCACCCGUCGUCUUCCCGCUGCCCAUUUCCGACCAUCUUCGGCACCUCAUUUCCUGGAUGCUCGAAAAGAAGCCCGAGGAUCGUCCAACUGUUGCACAGAUUCAGCAGCACCCCUGGCUUACCGAGUACGGCAAAACCGUCAAAAUUGUGUUUGACGACAUUUAACAGAGAACUGGUACUGGUUUACCCGUUUUUGUUUGUCAUGUUGAGUUUUGUUUUUUGUUUUGUUUGUGUUUUGGUUGUUUUCUUCUCUCUGUCUGUCUGUGUGCGUGACUGUCUCUCUCUGUGUGUGUGUGUGUGUGUGUGUGUGUGUGUGUGUGUGUGUGUGAGUGUAUGUCUCUCUCUCUCCCUUUUUUUCUCUUUCUCUUUUGUCCAUUGUGCCGACUUGAGUCUCGCUGCAUGUGUGUAUUACUUUGUGUUUUGUCGUGUCUCCUCAGUUACUCUUGUGGUUUUACAUUGAAUAGUGAAUGGGCUUCUCUUCAACA